AUGAUCUCUCAUGCGCUUCUGUUCGGUGCACUGAGUGCCAGCGCCGCGUACGCUGCAUUGUAUGACAACACCUCUGUUGCGAACCGCACCUGUGGAAACAAGCCAAUCACGUCGUGCUCUUUGCAAGCGCUCGACGUCGGCAAUGUCGAUACGUGCUGCACCGAGACGUUUGGCGGCUUGCUCGCCUCUACCCAGUUCUGGGACACGUACACGGGCCGCGAAGAUGCAAACCAGCUCCUGCCGCAGGACCAGUGGACGCUGCACGGUCUCUGGCCAGACUUUUGCAACGGAUCCUUUACGCAGUACUGCGACGCUGACCGCCAGUACGACCCCCAUCCGAGCCCUGCGGAGGUGAAUGGCCAAAAGGUAUUGCCGUACCAAGGCCCAUCGGUUGACAUCAUGCUUAAAGACUAUAACGCAACGGACCUGCUCGCUUGGAUGGAGAAGAAUUGGGUUGCACAAAACCAGCCGAGUGCCGAGUUUUGGGCGCACGAGUUUAGCAAGCAUGCUACGUGCUUCUCGACGUUUGACGUUGCGUGCUACGGCAAACACUACCGCAAGCACGAAGACCUAGUCCAGUUCUUUGAGACGGCGAUCAAGUAUUUCAACAGCCUGCCUACGUACAAGUGGCUUCAGGAGGCUGGUAUUACGCCGAGCAACACGACGACCUACUCGUUGAGCGACAUCUCCGGCGCGCUCGCCGAUGCGUACGGCAAGACUCCCUACCUUGGCUGCAGUGGCUCUCCGUACAGCGAGACAGAAAAAGGCAGGAACAGCAUGGACCAUGGCCGGACCGUGCUAAACGAGGUGUGGUACUUUAGCCAUGCCAAUGGCCGUCCUCAGGAGCACGAUAUCGAAAAGGUGGAUUCUGUGACAAAGACGAACUGUGCAAAGAGCCCUGGCGCGAUUCAUUACUACGAACGUGCUAAGAAUAGCGUGCGUGAAAAGUAG